UUUGGUGGUCAUCCAAAGUCAAAAAGAGCAUUUUUGACCGGUUAAAAACCUUUGCCACCUCGUUUUCUCCACCCAAAUUAUCUCCUCCGCUCAGAAAAAAACUACUGAAGAAGAAGAAGAAGAAGAGUAAAGUAAAGCAUUUCUUCAGUGUGAAGAACCUCAGAGAUGAAAGCAUCUAUCUGUAGUGCAAUAAGGGAGUCUGAUGUUGGGGAAACAAAAGUUCUGGAAGCCUUGAUUGAGGCGUUUAGUUCAGAAUUUUCUCUUAGGGAGAUAGCUUCUGCGUAUUGCAAGGCUCGCCGUGAUCCAGAUAAGGCUGCUGAAAUUCUUUAUGAUGGUCAAAAGUUGAAGAACUGCUCUAAUGCUGCAUCUGCCGUUAUUACCACUCAGCGUGAAACUAAUUCUACAUCGUCAUCAGAAUCUUUGUGUGAGAGUGUUGAUGGCAAGCCAAAUUGUGCAAAUUAUUGGAAUUCUAAGGCAUCAAAAACGAAACAGAUGUCAAUGGGUAGUGUUUCCGGCCUUAUUAGUAAGGGGAAUGUGAUGCCUAACACACCUGCAUGGGGGGGCGUUAACCGCAUAUGGCCUUUAUCCGAAACCUUGGGUGAGAGUGUUGUUACAAAUUGGGGUGCAGAUAAGGGUUUGAAUGCCUCUAAACUGAAAAACCCGGCCUUGUCAGUUGGUAGUGUUUCUGGUAAGUGUUUGAUAUGCAGCAGACCUGCAUGUGGUCCCCUGGGAGCAACUAAACCAUUGAAAUUGGAGAUGAAAGACUUUCAGUUUGAUGAACUCACAGAUGAUGAUGUUGAGGACCAAAUGCAUACAGGACAAGGGAGGAUUUUUGUGGGUGGACUCUCACCGGAAACCAAUAAACAUACUUUGAAAGAUCAUUUUAAGAAGUUUGGUAAAGUUGUGGAGACUGUGAUUAUGAAAGACAAGGAUACGGGUAGUUUAAGAGGUUUCGGGUAUGUUCUCUUCUCAGAUUCAUCUGUAGCUGAUAAAGUUCUUUUAGAAAGACAUGUCAUUCUUGGAAGAUUGGUUGGAGUGGAAAAAGCAGAGCCCAAACCCAGAUUUGAACAUAAUAACCCUUGCAACCAAAAGGGUUUUAACAAGAAGAGUAAUGGUAAUAAUGGUCAGUUUAGGACAAAGAAGAUUUUCGUAGGUGGUUUAUCUCCUAGCUUGACUGAGAAAGAAUUUAAAGCUUAUUUUGAGAAGUUUGGUAGAACUACUGAGGUUGUUAUUAUGCAUCAUUCUACAAAAGAUAGACCUAGAGGUUUUGGCUUUAUCACUUUUAAAUCUGAGGAAGCUGUAGAGAAUGUAAUGCAGCGGAGGUUUCAUGAGUUGGAUGGCAAAGUACUUGAGGUUAACAGAGCUGUAGAGAAGAUAAUGUGGAAGAGGUUUCAUGAGUUGUAUGGUCACAAUGGUGGUUAUGAUGUGAGAAAGGAUGGUGGAAGAGGAGGAUCCCUUGCUGGUGGAACUAACUCAUCGUCAAUGUCAGGAUAUGGGGGACCCCAACUUUCAGGAUAUGCCUCUGCUGGAGGGACCCCAGUUGUGUCACCCAGGAGUCCACUAUGAAAUAGCAGAGGAGGACCAAAUGCAUACAGGUACUUGUGGUGCAGUAGGUGGGAGAAGUGUCCAUUUUCAUCACAAGUUUAAGAAAAGAAACAAGACACAGCCAGAAAUAUGUAUAUACCAAAGCCGAGUUUGAGUCACCGCCGAGUUUGAGUAGGUGACUCGAGUUUGAAAAGAGAAUGAACUCGGUCUUUUGUUUUGGGAUUAUGUCAUGGUUAAUCACCAAAACGUGUUUUCUGAUCAGCUAACAAGUAACAAUUAGCUAGCUUAAUAUCCGCCAAACUUUGUUCCAUUUUCUUUA